AGAGGCUACUCGCUCUUUGAUUGGGCAGCUGCGGGGGAUUUAAAUGUAAACCGCCGGCGGCGAGGCGCGUGCGAGUGGGUAACUAGGCAACCGACCGCUUCUCCCUUCGCUCGGGGCCGUUCGAACUGCCUCAACUGCGCAAGGAGUAUGGCUACCUUUCAGCAAAAGAUCUUAAAUAUGCUCAAGUGUUUUAGAAGAGAAUGGUGCUUAUUUUCAGACUCAGAAAGGACUACUGUUUGUAGUUCAGACGGCAUGAUGAUGGCUUUACAGCUAUCAAUGGCUGAAGUCAAUAAACAGCUUCAUGGAGAUUUCACAGUAUCUCUUAGUGAUGUGGUGGAAACCUGGAAAUACUUUCUACAUGAUAAACUGGGAUUGACAUAUGAGAAUAUGGAAGCACCUGAAAACUAUGAUGAUAUCAAAAAAGCUUAUGAUACCUUCUUAAAGAGGAGUAAUAUGUUAGAUCUAAUUGAUAUUUGCCAGAAGUGUCAUACAUUAACAUCUGAAUCUGAAAUUGAAGAGAUGUCCCCUGUUCAACUGUUAAAUUUUAUCUCUGGCUUAUCAGAAGAGAAUGGCUCUUGUCUUUCCAUACCCUCAACACCAAUCAGACACAGCCAGGAUAAUGUGAAGUUGCUAUUGAUCGUGAAGAAGUUUGUUUGUGCAUAUUUAAGCCUGUUGGUGAAUUCUAAGAAUGAUCUGGCCGUGGCUCAUGUUUUAAAUAUUCCUGAUAGAGGACUUGGAAGAGAAGCCUUCACUGACCUAAAGCAUGCUGCACAGAAGAGACAAAUGUCCAUUUUCCUGAUGGCAACAUCUUUCAUCCGAAUGAUAGAACUUGGAGGAAAAGGUUAUGCACCUUCACCAUUUGAUACUUUAAGAACCCAUGUAAAGGGACUUUCAGACUUUGUUAAUUUUAUCGACAAGCUGGAAGAAAUCAUCGGCGAAGUCCUGGAUCCACGAAUUGCAGGGGGGCGAAUUCUAUCAACAAUCAAGAUACACUUGAUAAAAGGCCGAAACAGUGGGGAUCCAUUCUGUCGAGCAGCAGAGGAAGUUUUACAAGAUUUGGAUUUAAGGAUUAAAAAUAUUAUAAAUUCUCAACAUGAAGCUGUGACUGCUAGCACCACUGGAAUCAGUCCAGCCCGGCCAAAAUUACAUGCCAUAAACCAUGGCACUGCCUACUGUGGCAGAGAAACUGUAAAGGCCUUAUUAGCUCUUUUGGAUGAAGAAGCUGCCAAUCUUCCUACCAAAAACAAAGCAGAACUAUUAUAUGGUGAUGAAAAUGUAACUCCAUUUGGAAUCACCUCUGUCUUAACACUCUUUAGAUCUCCAGCACAAUCCACUAGGUCUUCUCCAAAACCUCUCAGACAACAAAUUAAAACAUCUGUUGGUGAAAGAAAAAUUAAGAUGAAGCAACCCUUAAUCAGGUCCCAGUUUGCUUGUACCUACAAAGAUGACGUGAUGACUGAGAAGAAGGAUCAGCACUUCUUCAGUAGGAGCCAAAUACCGACUUGCAUACAUCCAGCACCAAAACAAAUGCUUGCUCUCUGUUUAGAAGCUGAGACUUUUGCAGAAGGUGUAAAGUCGCCUCCUGAAAGACCAGCACUUGGAACCAGUUCUGGAAAUGUUCAUUGGAAUGGAAGUAAAAGUGAAAAAGCAAAAAGUUGUCCGCCAAGAAACAAGAGCUCAAAGAGGAAACACAUGGAUCUGAAUAGUGAGAAAGUCAUCUGCAAUAAUGAAAAUGAGCCACCUCAGUACACCAAUAUUAAGAGACCCAAGAUAUCAAACAUAGUACAGGAGAAAUUGGACAGCAAACUAGAUGGAGCAGCAAAAAGCAACAAGGCUACAGCCAAGAAUAAAUUGAUUGUUGAUAUAGCUGGCAGUCCUCACUCAUUGCUGAUCCAUGUAUUUGUCAGAGUUUGGAGGCAGUUUCCCAUCUGAAAGGAUCAGCUGGGAACACCAAUAGGUUAGUACCCAGAUCGUAAUUUCAGAUGUUCCUCCCUCUCCCACUCCAGAUGGAAACUUCAAUUUUUGCCUCACAGACUCUUCCAGAUUGAAUGCUCUAUUAUCCCCUCCUGUGUUUAGAAACACGAUAAAGGUCUAUGGAAAGAAAUUUCUGUGGAGAUUCCUCCACAUUUUGCUAUUUGAGGGAAAGCAUUUGUCCCCCACAUGGGGAAAGUGUAAGGGGCCUGCCCAGACCUAGCAGAUCCCUAAGGGAUCUAUUUGAUGCUAGGGCCAUCUGCACAGUGACCCUGUACCUCUGGACUAGUUCUAGACUAGUAUCUCUGGACUAGUUUAUCCACCUUGUGCGGAUCUGCGGGUCCUGAACCCAGGCCCGUAGACCACUGCUGCAUCCCCAACACCACUGGAUGGCUAUAGUAAUGACAGGAGAAUUGGGAGCCCUAAGGCCCUGCACUCCACCAAACAUACUACCCACAGGGAUCUGACUGGAGUUGCUCCAGAGUCCCUGACUGGGCUGGUUACACUUCUAAACUAGAGAGAGAAACAGGAAGUUGUCUGUGCAACAAGGUGGAUUCUGGGUGGGUGCUGCAGCUGCAGACCCUCUUGUUCAAUACCUGACUUUCGGUCUCAUCUCCAGUUCCUGACUUUAACCCUGCCCUGUACCUGGCAUCUGCCCUCAGCCUUGUUCUGGUCACAGAACUCUGUCAGCCUGGUUUUGACUGCUCCAGCUCCGACCUUAUGCUACUGACCCUCAGCUUUGGCUUGUGAUUCCUGUUUGACCCCCAGCUCUCACUUUUGCCCCAUGGCUCCUGUCUUUGGACUGCCCAUUGGCCUAUGGUUCCUGAACACUGCACUGAAUGGCAGGCUGGCCUGCCUAUGUCCAGGUCAUUGUGCCAGUCUUCCACAAGCUCUGACACACCCUUACUCCAGUCUUUAAGAGGUAUCUGCAUGCACAUGGCACACAGGUAUCUUCUGAUAUUUUCCACAGGAAGACUCUCCACCAUUGACUGGCACCAAAGAGGGAGCUGGACCAGUGCCUAUCUUUAUUCCAGCCAAUUAUAAUAAAUGUCAUCAGAGGUUCAUGAAAACUUACUUCAAAAUAGAAGUUUACCAAAUGCUUUCAAUUCUCAAGCAAACAAAAAAGUUCAUGUUUUGGAUCCGUUUGAACCAGUUUGAACAAAAUAGCAGGCUCCUCUCUUUGCUCUCUUGUGGCCAGCAUGAAAUCCUAAAGCUAUAAUCCAUCCUUGCAUGGCUGAGGGAGGAAGGAAGAUAGGCUUUGGCUUGGGUUGAACCUUUUUAAGAAAAUAAAAAAAACACUUUUUAUCUAUGAGUUGGGAAGGGCACUUUCCUUUCCUCGUUGCUGUUACUAAGGACUCUACAGUUGCUACUGUUUAGGGAGGGCGGGGGGAGUCCUAUUAUCUAAAAAUCAGGGCGUACGCUGUCACCAAAAUGAAUGCCAAUUUUUUUUAUGGGCUAAAAGACCUAAGACCGCCUCCUUGGUUAACUGCUAAAACAAAGCUGUCAGUUGAGGGAAGACCAAAAAUACAACCCUUGGCCCCUUUUAAAAUUCAGCAGUGUCUGUCUGAUAAUUGAAGAAAAUGGAACAUGCUCAUUAGGAUCUCCAACUCACAUUACAAAAAGCAUAAUUGCUAUACAUGGCUGUAGAAUCAGGUAAAGUCAUAAACUGUGGUCAGUACAGACCAUAGAGAGCAAACUUAGCUUUUCCAGAUUUGGAGUAGCUUCCAUGGCUGCAGAGCCUGAGCACAAGGUAGCUUCUGUCAUUCUGCAGCCUCACAAAUUCAAUGGGUUCAUCUGUGCCCAAUGUAUCUAGGUGUUCGCAAUCUAAAUAAAAUGCAUAUUUUUCCUUUUAGGCUUCAAAUACUCCACUUCUGGCAGAAAACUAAAAUGUUUUAAAUUAUGAUAACUAAAUUCAUAUUACAAAUUGCUGCCUAAAAUCUUGUCUGUUAUCAAUUGGCCUUUUCUUUUCACUUAAUAUUAACUUAGUUCUUUUUAGUACUGUUUACAUCAGUAAUUUACCGUUAUUUUAAGUAACUCCUCCUGCUUUUACAUGGAAUCGUGUUACUGUGAAAUCGGACAAUCUAAAAUCUGAUGUGAAAUGCAAAAGUAAAUAAAUUUGGUCAAUGACACUUAAUAUG